AUGACUGAGCGAAGUUCUACAAGGUCACAGUCAGCACGCUCCCUGGCUAAGCAGGCCGGGUUUGACUUGUUUAAGACCGAUCCGUUCAUCCAGGAUCAAGUACUAAUGAAAGAAAAUCUCAAAGGCCGGAGCGUCUCCAAGGUCAAGGACGAUACGUCGGGAAAGGUAUAUGCCCGCAAAGAAUAUAUUCAGUGGAAUCAUGGCAACGAUAAGUUGGUCAAGAUGAUCAAGGAAGAGGCCUCUACUAUCACAAAGGCCCGUCAUCACCACAUCGUCAAAUGUCAUGGUUAUCAUUAUAUCGAAAAUACAGGGCUUUUUGGACUUCUCAUACGCCCGGUUGCUGAAAAGAACCUCAAGGAAUUUUUUGGGCAGAUAGAGGCAGGGAGGGGACAGGACACGCAGGAUAGCAACCGCGGAAUCAUGUGCAAAUGGGUCGUAUGCCUAUUCGAUGCCUUAGGCUAUCUACACAGAGAAAAGAUCCGUCACAAGGAUAUAAAACCCAGCAAUAUCCUUAUUAAGGGUGAUCAAAUCUAUGUUGCGGAUUUUGGAAUCUCAAGAAACUUCCGUGAUGCUACCACAUCUAAGACCAAAAGUCAAGAUCCCGAACGUACUGAGCGUUACAUGGCUCCCGAGAUUGAUUGUGAUGAACGUCGCGGUAGGGCCACAGACGUUUGGGCGUUGGGUUGCACUGUACUAGAGAUUUGCACCGUUGCAUCGGGAAAUACCAUUGAGGAACUGAACGAACAUCUCCGUCAGCACGGUCGGCAUAUACUAUUCUGCGAUACCCCUUACUACGUGUUCGAUUGGAUGCUUCUACUCUUGGCGUCGCCUGGAUUGAACCCCAACGUUGCGCCGCACAUCCAAAAGAUAGUGCAGCUGACAUUCCUUAUGCUUGACCCCAAGCAGAAGAAAAGGAUAACAAUGGAACAGUUGCUCCACCUGCUAGGCACGGAAGACUUCAAAUCUAUCGCAAGUUUAGCUUGUAGUACUUGUCAAAGUACACGUAGCUAUCGAAGGCAGGGUCUGUCGCAUUCUACGUUCAAUAAAGCAUAUGGUGGAGGAAUAUGCAUACCGUCCAAGAACGGCAUUUCAAAACAUACACCGAAUCUCUGGGAAACAAUCAAAGGAAGAUGGCUUUCACAGCAUAUGUGGUGGUAA